AUGUUAUCUUCUUCAUAUAGAUUACUGAAUAAACAAUUGGGCAAGAUCUUGAGUAGGAAAAUGGCAACUUCAUCAACAAUCGACGUUACCCAAUACUAUGCCGAUAAAGAGGCACCGAUUGCUAGACUAUCUGCAACUAAAUACUUCAAUCAAUUGACCAACAGGGAGAAAUUGUAUGCGCAUUACUUCUCCAAGGCGGGACACUGGGGGUCUAGGGCUGUACUAAGGUCUGUUUCACCAGAGAGUGAAGGUAUUUUCGAUUUAAUCAUUGCGAUCCACAAGAAAAUCGAUGGAGACUACAAGAAAUUGAAGAACAUCGACGAAUGUAUCAUCACCAAAUAUCUGGAGUAUGCUUCUCAAGUUCUGUCUAACUUGGGUAAUUACAAGUCCUUUGGAGAUUCCAAAUUUAUUCCAAGAUUAACUGCCGAAGAAUUUCAAUUAAUCAUUGACGAUAUUAACGACAAGGAAAUUACUGAAAGAUUCAGUAAGGUCAAGGACCCAAUAUUUUCCCUUGACGAUAAGAUUGCAAUGUUGGGAUCUCCAGAAGAUGGACACGUUUCAGGUUAUUAUUUGAACGUUGUCACUAAAAUUGAAGGUGAGGCGAUUGAUUCUGCAUUAGCAAAACAUGACAUUAUGCCUGAGAAUGUGAGAGUUUCUAAAGUUGAUGAGACAAACUUUAUUGUUCAUGUUGCAAGUGCAUUUAAAUCAAACACCACUGGGUAUUAUCCUGACACAAUUGAAUUUGAUAUUUCUGAUGGUAGAAGUGCAACAUUAAAAUUCCAAUUUGGUGACCACUCCAAUGAAUUCAUCAAGAUUGUCGAGAACUUAAUCAAGGCAAGGGAGUAUGCCGCCAAUGAAACACAGUCAAGGAUGCUUGAGAAUUACAUCACCUCUUUUAUGAAUGGUUCAAUGAAGGCCCAUUAUAACUCACAAAUCGAAUGGGUCAAGGAUCUCGAGCCAGCUGUCGAAACCAACAUUGGGUUCAUUGAAACUUACAGGGACUAUUUAGGUACUAAAGGUGAAUGGGAAUGUUUGGUUGCCAUGGUCAAUAAGGAGAGGACUGCAAAAUUUGGUGAGUUAGUUAACAAUGCCAAGGAAUUCAUUAAUGAUUUACCAUGGGACGGUGAAUUUGAGAAAGAUGUAUUCACGCCACCUGAUUUUACCAGUUUGGAAGUUUUAACUUUUGCUGGAUCUGGUGUUCCAGCUGGUAUCAAUAUUCCAAAUUACGAUAAGAUUAGAAUCAACAUUGGGUUUAAGAAUGUUUCAUUAGGGAAUGUUUUAAGUGCAAAGUCAAGUAAGGAGCCAAUUUCUUUUAUAUCUAAUGAUGUACAAGAAUUGUACGAGAAAUAUAGGGUUGAAGCCUUUGAAGUUCAAGUUGGUAUUCAUGAACUAUUAGGUCAUGGAACGGGAAAGUUAAUGAUGGAAUUGGAUGAUGGUAAAUUCAACUUUGAUAUUGAGAAUCCUCCGACUGGAUUAGACGGUCUACCAAUCAAAACAUACUAUAAGAAAGGCGAGACAUGGGGAUCCAAAUUUGGGUCCUUAGCGGGUGCGUAUGAGGAAUGUAGAGCUGAAUCUGUUGCUAUGUUUUUAGGUACGAAUAGGAAGCUCUUGGAGAUUUUCGGUUAUAAGACCAAGCAGGAGCAGGAUGAUAUCAUUUACAUCAUGUACAUAUCCAUGUGUCGAGCAGGUUUAUUAGCGAUGGAGUACUAUGAUCCAAAGCAUGGUAAAUGGGGGCAACCUCACUGCCAAGCAAGAUAUGCAAUUUUCAAGAACUAUUUGGAUGCAGGUGAAGGAUUAGUUGAACUAAGAUAUAAGAAUGCCGAUUAUAGUGAUUUGGAGAUGGUUGUUGAUAGAAGUAAGAUUGAAAGAGUUGGACAAGAGUCGAUUGGUGAGUUUUUGAGGAAGCUACACGUUUACAAAUGUAGUGGUGAUGUUAUUAGCGGUAGUGCGUUCUUCAAGGAACAGACCACGAUUCCGCCAGAGUUGCUGAAAUUUAGGGACAUUAUUUUGAAGAAGAAGUUACCUAGAAAGCAGCUAGUGCAAGCCAACACGUUUAUCAAUGCGCACGGAGAUGUUGAAUGUGUUGAGUAUGAUGAGACACCAGAGGGUAUGAUUGAGUCCUUUGCGGCGAGAGAAUGUUAG